ACACGCGAACCGCUUUUGCACCAAGUUUUCAGUCCUAAAGUACGUCGUGGGUCGAACCGACUGGCUUACGGUGUAAAUAAAGUGGCAACCAAAGUGUGGUGUUGUGUUGUGUUAUGGAUUGUUCGUUCCAUGGUAUUGUUGUGAUGAAAAACGGCUGACAUUGGAAUGACCUCCAAGGCGCUCACAGUACUCCCAGCCUCCCUUGAAGAUGAAAUGCUCCUGGCCAUCGGCACUGUUCUUUUUGAUAUGCUAUACCCAGACCACUGCAGGACAUAGGCCCCUCCCGAACAAAAGGCUCUGUAAUGAUGUCGACUCGAAGAGGAAUCACACACUGAAACCAAGGGUUGUGCUACCUGAAAACUAUGUCAAAGAAAUGCGGCCACCAGCGCGAAAAGGCCAACCGGUCAUCGUGGAGUUCAGCAUCUACGUGGUAGACGUCAACUCCAUCAAUGUUGAAGAUAUGGACUUCAGAGUGGACAUGUUCAUAAGACAGACUUGGAGCGAGAGUCGGCUGCAGCUGCCCGAAGAUAUUUUCGAGGAAGGAGACGACCACGUGACGUUGCCACCAGAGUUCUUCGAUAACCUGUGGCAUCCUGACCCUUACUUCUUAAACUCAAAAGUGACAGAAAUCGCCGAGCUGACUCACAAGUUCUCCUCGGUGACGCUGUACAGAAACCAGACAGUGCGAUAUUCAGCGCGGAUGCAUGCUAUCAUUGCGUGUCAGAUGGAGUUCCAGCUCUACCCCAUGGAUAUACAGUCCUGUCCUAUUUAUAUUGAAAGUUUUUCAUACAGUAACCAAAAAGUCCGGUUUCGUUGGAGCGAGGCAGGCGUGACCAUCAAUCCUGAGUUGAAGUUAUUGCAGUACCACAUCGGAGAACCGCUGAGACUUGAAGAAACAAAUGGAUACAUGAUCGAUAAAGAUGGUAACUACUCAAGACUAGUCGUAUACUUCAGAUUCGAGCGUCAAAUCGGUCACCACUUGAUACAAACCUUCGCGCCUUCCUCGUUGGUCGUGAUGCUAUCCUGGUUCAGCUUCUGGCUGGACCUGGAUGCGAUUCCUGGCCGAGUCACCCUGUUGGUGACUUGCAUGUUGACUCUUGUCACCAUGUUCACUGGUCUGAGAGCUGAUAUUCCACCUGUGGCUUACGUUAAGGCCUUGGACCUCUGGAUGGCUGGCUGCAUGAUGUUCGUGUUCGCGGCUCUGGGCGAGUUCGUGGUCGUCAAGGUUUUGGACAAGCAGUAUCAGAUGAACAAGACCAAAGCCCAGGAGUCUAUGCCCAGGAUCAUCCCGGUGAUGUUUCGUUAUCUCUGGCAGCGUUUGAACGGAGAGAAGGGUUCGUGCGGGACCCUGGCUGCCUGGGAGGGCAACCAGGUGAGGUGUCGGAAGGUUGACCUAACCUCACCUACCUCCCCCCCGGCUGCCACGCCAGCGGUGCACCCAGCACCGUCGGCAACGCAUAACACCGCUCACUUGGUUGGCGUUGAAAGGAGGCAGAGCAUAUUACAGGUUGCCUGGUUAGACGCCGACACUGGUCAAGAGCGAGUGCUGUGGCGGGAAAUCGAUAAACUUUCCCGCGUCGUGUUCCCAGCACUAUUCCUUCUUUUCGUCACUAUGUACUGGCCCGUUCUCCUGCUAAAAACUAAAACAUCUUCAUAACAAUUAGAUAUCUCGAGCAAUACUGUCGCUGCCUGAAAAGCGUUGUUUUCAAUUCAAUGUGAAAAGGUUUAAAUCGAUGCCUGAAUAUAUCGAGCACAAAUGAUUGAGGAUUGUUUUAAUCGAAUAGGCAUAUCGAGUUAUGGAAUGAAAAAUAUUCCAAGUAUUGUGAUGUUAUCGAUUUGAAAAAAUAUCGAUAAAGAUAGAGUCCGUUUCCGUUUGAUAAAAUUAUAAAGCAGAAAAUAUUUGUCUAAUCGAGAAAAAUAAUGAGCAAUUUGAAAAUGUUCGUCCAAUUUUCAGUUGGCCGUUGAAUUUUUAUGCUUGUGUAUGAUAGUUUAGGAACAUAUCAGAAUUUAGGGAAGUGAAGUAUAGUAAUAAUAUCGACAAUAUCGAUGAGUAAGGGAACUUUCUAGAAUCUUUCUAGAAGAAGGUUUCUGAACGAGGAGGAAUCUUGAUUUUAGAUAUAAAUAUAAGUAGCGGCUUAUAAAAAAAACUUUUUUUUUCUUUUUCUAUCGAAAAGUAUUGUAAAUUGUACGAGAAAUUGCACAAAAUAAAGUCCUUUUAAUGAUAGAAACAUUAUUAAUUAUAAAAAAAAAUAAAGUAUAAUAUACAAAAUAUUAUACUUAUUUUAUAAUGGUGAUAUGUAUAAAAAUAUGUAUUAUAAAGAAAGUUUUAAACUCUUAGAUAUUUUAUUGUUAUAGACUAUAAGGUGCUCAUAGAUAAGCUAUUUAUUAGAGCAUUCGUUACACAGAACUUGUUAUUUUGAAGCCAAGAUUACAAUUUAUAGAAAUACGAUGUUUAAAUAUCCUGUAAAAAACACAAGAUAAGUGAUAUGCUAGAAAACCAUAAAAGAAAUAAUAGUAUAGUUUAAAAAAUAUGUUGUUAGAAAUCCACAUUUAUUUACGGGUAUCCACCUAAAUAUUUAUAUUUUUAGGAAAAAGCGCAUCUAAGUUUUAAUUAUACCUAAAAAAACAUUUAUUUAAGAAAUGUAUAUUUCUAAACUGUUUAUUAUUUAUUUUUCAGUUUCAUUAAUUUAUAAUAAAAAAUAAUUAUUAUAUUUAAUUUAAAAUUAAGGUGCUUAUAAGUCAUCAGCGUCAUUUUGACAUAUUGUCGCAACCAUCAUCAGCUUUAAACCAUUGUGAUAGCGUUUAUAUUAAGAUUUUUAUAUUUAUAAUUAUUUAAUUUAAUAGUCAUUUCGUUCGUGUAGAAUUAAGGUAAAAUAUAAAGAAUAUAAGUUAAUAUAUUUUAUUAUUUUCUCAAACCCAUUAUAAAUUAUUAUGUAAAGUUUUAACAUGUCUGAAAAAAAUAUUUUUUUUUUAAUCGGCGAAAGAGGGAAGAAAACAGAUUUUAUUUUUUUCCAUAUUUCAAAGUAAUGACUAAGUUAAAAAGGGCAUUCACUCUCAAGUAUUAAAUACGUCCAUUUUAAAGAGGAACCAAAAAUCUUUUAAUAUGCGAGUUAUUAAUGGAAAAAUUUAUGGAAUUCUGGAGUGAACAAUUUUAAUGAAAAGUGAUUUAUUAUUAAGUAAAACGGAAAUAUUUGUCCCGUAAAGUCCAUUGUUGCAGUAUAUAUUGUACAGUAUAAGUAUUAAAAUAUAAAUAUAUAUUUAUAAAAUUAUAAGUAUUAAGAUACAAAUUAUAAAAUGUAUAGAUUAUGAUAUAUAUAAAUGCUUUAGUGCUAAAGAUACAAGCUCAUAUUGUCACGGAUGCCUUACUGUUUGACGAUUUUAUGCGCAAAAAUUGUAUUUAGGAUAUUUUUGUUCAACACAGUGGAAAUAAGUCGUAUUGUUAAAUGAAUAAAAAAUGGU